CCUGUGUUUAUUGGCGUUACAGAAGAGUAAUCCGUACGCUACCCGAGCUCCAUGCAUUGAUUAGGACCUCUAGCUUGCAGAAGCUAUUACCUCCAUCAUUUGCUGAUCUCCACUGAGUUCUCUUCGUCCCACGCGAUAUCGACACCAUAAUGGCACCAGCGACGCAGUUCGAGGUUGCCCAAGCGCCGAAAGACGCCAUCUCAAGCCUUGCAUUUGCGCCGCGCUCAGAAGCGCGACGAUUGCUGGUUUCGUCAUGGGAUAAGAACGUGUACCUCUACGAAAUCUCAAACGACGCGGAGGAGGCAAAUCUAUUAGGGACUUUCGAGCAUCGCGCUCCCGUGUUAGAUGUCUGCUUUGGCUCCAGUGCGGACGAGGCAUUCACCGCGGGGUUGGAUCGUCAAGUGAAGAGGAUUGACAUGUCAACUGGGCAACAAACCGUCAUGAGCAAGCACUCGGAAGCCGUCCGCUGCGUCGUAUACAGCGCCGAGCACUCCCUCCUCAUCUCGGCCUCCUGGGACAGCACGCUCCACGUCCACAACACCGCCAAUCCCUCCCAACCACCCAUGACCAUCCCGCUUCCCGGCAAGCCCCACGCCGUAGCGGCGAGCCCAAGCAAAGUAGUCGUCGCCAUGACAGCCCGGCUAGUGCACAUCUACGACCUACCCACACUCGCCGCGGCCUUGGCCUCUCCCUCCCAACCAACGCAGCCACCCCAGCCGUGGCAACAACGCGAAUCCUCCCUCAAGUUUCUUACCCGUGCCGUGGCCAGCAUGCCCAACGACGCAGGGUACGCGACAUCCAGCAUCGAGGGCCGCGUCGCGGUGGAAUGGUUCGAAGAUAGCGCCGAGUCGCAGGCCCGGAAAUACGCCUUCAAGUGCCACCGGCAGGCGGCGCCCGAGGAAGAGGGCGGUGGUGACGUGGUGUACCCCGUGAACGCGCUCGCCUUCCACCCAGUGUACGGCACUUUUGCCUCAGGUGGCGGGGACGGGACCGUGGCUCUGUGGGAUGCCGAGGCUAAGAGGCGGAUGAGGCAGUAUCAGAAGUUCCCGGACAGCGUGGCCGCGCUGGCUUUCUCGCUGGACGGGAAAUACCUGGCCAUCGGAGUCUGUCCGGGAUUUGAGACAGGGAUGGAGGAUUAUAGUGGGGAGGGGAGGACAAAGCUGUUUAUUCGCGAGUUGGGCGAGACGGAGGCCAAGGGGAAGGGGUCAAAGUGAGUAGGUGGGUCGUGAUAUGUCUGGGGUACUGGUGUACUAUGGGUAUAAAAAAGUGGCUCACGGGCUUGGCGUUGGGUGGGAGACCUUGCACAUUGAUUUGUGUCUGUCCAAUUUCGUGUCGAAUCUUUGAUACAUAUAAGAUUGUUGAUGACUGCCACAUUUGCCGGUAUGGCUGGCGAGCUAAGCACAGAUC